AUGAUUCUUGGCAACUUGGCAACGUGGAAUGUGACAGCAUAUAAAGGUGACAACCUUUAUAAAUCCCGUCAAGGCCUUUUAAAUGCAUUUGGAAAUUAUAUUGUAUUUGUAUUUACAAGGGCAAUAUUUUUUAGUCUGGUCAGCUUUAAAAAAAUGUAUCCAGUGAACACAGUUGGUUCCUUCCUUUGGCUUUUUUCUGUUUUCACUUCUCUGCUAAUUCAGGAAGGAAGAGGGAAUUCCCAAUGUGAUUCUGGGUUCUCUUUGAUUCCAGACAACGCAUGUAACUUCACAGAUCCCUGUGAGGAUAACAACAAUGAGUUGCCUUGUUCAUCUAACAAAAAAUGUGAUUUUGAAGUUGACUUCUGUGUGAUGACACUUGAUGGUAGUAUGCAGGUAGGCUGGACUAAAAAGAAUGGAAUUACUAGUACUUCACCUCCAUACUGCAAUCACAAUGGAAACGAGUCUGCCUAUUUCCUCUUAAUGUCCUCCAAGGCUGGGUCCUCGCCUGCAAACAUAAAAAGCAGAGUUUUCCUUCCAACUAAUAGCCAACACUCAUGCCAGGUCACAUUUUUUCACUACUCCAGCCAUGUGAAGAUGAAAAUAAGUGUUGCUCUCCAGACCAUGUGUAGCAAUUCUUUUCAGAAUAUAUGGCAAAACUCCGCAGGGUCCCCAGAUCGGUGGGAAAGAAAUGCCAUCAAGAUCAAUAGUAGUCAAAAAUUUCAGGUUGUUAUUCAAGGCCAAGGGUUUUCAACUGAUGGAGAAGAAGAAACUAUAGCAAUUGAUGGGAUAUCAUUCAGUGAAGGAUGUCAGCCUGACCUAAGUGAAACUUUACCAUGUCAAGAAAGAUCGAAUACCUGUGACUGGACACACCAGUCGGAUACAAGUCUAUGCCAUUAUGAAAAUGGCUUUGACCAUGAAUCUGCAAAUGAAAAAUCCUGUUUAUGUCAGUUUUGUGGGUUUGAGACUGAUAUGUGUGGAUGGAGUUCUCCAACAUCUGCCAAUGAAAUUUCCUGGGUGCGCACAAAAGCAGGAGAGAAAAUGGGCUUUAAAUCAGCACCUUCAAAGGAUCACAGUGGCGAUAAUGAAGGUCACUACAUGUGGGUGGGAGCUAAUAACAGCACAUUUUCCAGAAGUGCUUAUCUUACUAGCUCCAAGUGCUACUUCCAUGGGAAACGUUGCCAUCUUCAAUUUUAUUAUUCUAUGGCAGAUAGUGUUCUGACUGUGGGACUGUAUUAUAAUAAGGAGAAAGAAAUACUAUGGACAAGUGAUGCUUCAACCAUGGGUGAGUGGAUGAAAACAGAAGUGUCUGUACCUGAGACCAUGACAACAUUCAAGUUUGUUUUUGAAGGAACUACACAAAGUCAGGCAGGUUUUAUUGGCCUGGAUGGCGUUCAGGUUUACGCCUGUGAAGAAACACAGACACAACAUCCUUGCCGAGCAGAAGAAUUCUCUUGUGACAGUGGACAAUGCAUUCCCUAUGGGUCAGUAUGUGAUUACCAGCAGGAUUGCUCUGACCAUAGUGAUGAAGAUCCAUCGGCAUGCUCAAAUUAUACUAUGUGUAAUUUUGAGUCUGAUUUCUGUGAUUGGAAACCAUUAUGGACAAAGGAGUCACCCUGGAAAAUGUCAAAAGGAUUGCCUUCCAGAGAAUUUGCUCUUCCUCACAUGGAUCAUACAACGAACAGUGACUAUGGAUCAUUCAUUUAUUUUGGUGCAGGCCAGCACCCUGGCAUGUCUCAUCUUGGUGGUCCUUUCCUUACUGGAUUACAUCCUGCCUCUGCUCCUUGCCAGGUGCGGUUUUGGUAUUAUUUGUCCCAGAAUUCACAGCUCUCAAUUUUUACAAGAACAUCCCUAGAUGGUGAAUUGCAGAAGCAAGGUGACCUGUUAGAACCCUCCAAAUCUCACUGGACACAAGCAAAUAUCUCUCUGUAUCCUACAUCUGAAGAACCAUUUCUGCCUUUUCAGCUCAUUUUGCAAGCUACCAUUUUUUCAGAAAAUGCCAUUGUGGCUGUGGAUGACAUCAGUAUUACUCCAGAUUGUGGCGUUUCUCUCAAGUCACUGUCAAGUACAAACAUUAAAAGCAAAGGGGAAGAGACUGUUGCUGGGCCUGGCAGUUGUGAAGUUGGGUUUGUGCCAUGCGAAGAUGCAAGCUGUAUUUUAUCUAGCAAAGUGUGCGAUUUUACACCUGACUGCCCAAAUGGAACUGAUGAAGCCCGUUGUGCUCCCACAUGUGACUUUGAAAUAGACAGCUGUGGUUGGUUUGAAGCACACAGUGGGGAUCAUUUUGACUGGGUCCGAAAUUCCAGCAAGACCCUUUCCAUGGACUUCCAGCAACAAGCCCCAGCUCAAGAUCAUACUUAUAAUAAACCUCAGGGACACUUUAUGUUCAUUCUGAAAACCAGCAGGAGCAUUUCACAGGUUGCUAGCCUCCGGAGUCCAAGGUUCAGACAGACAGGACCAAGCUGCAGUUUGUCUUUCUGGUUUUAUAACUAUGGGCAGUCAGUGGGAGCAGCAGAGAUGCAACUACACUUAGAGGGGACCAAUUACUCAACUGCUCUUUGGAGAGUAUUUUACAACCAGGGUAACCAAUGGUCCAAAGCUUUCAUUCAGCUUGGGCGCCUCACUCAGCCCUUUCAUUUAUCCCUGGAAAAAGUCAGUCUUGGAGUUUAUGAUGGGGUCUCAGCUGUUGAUGAUAUCAAAUUUGAGAACUGUGCCCUUCCUCCUCCCGUUGUGAGUUGUGAAGGCCCCGAUCAUUUUUGGUGUAGACAGUCCAAGGCUUGCAUCGAUCGUCUUCUAUUAUGUGACCUGGUGGAUAAUUGUGGAGAUAAUACCGAUGAGGCUAAUUGCACACCUGAACUCCAUUGUGAUUUUGAAAAUGGACUCUGCAACUGGGAACAAGACAAAGAGGAUGAUUUUGAUUGGACAAGAAAUCAGGGCUCAACUUCAACACCCAACACAGGACCAAUGAAAGAUAAUACUCUGGGCACAAUCAAAGGGCAUUAUCUCUAUAUAGAGUCUUCAGAACCACAGGUUUUCCAAAACAAAGCUGUGUUGCUCAGUCCUGUUCUUAAUGCUACCAAUGAUAAAAAUUGCAUCUUUCGCUUCCAUUAUCACAUGUUUGGAAAGCAUAUUUAUAGACUGGUGAUUUAUCAAAGAAUUUGGAAUAACACAAGGGGACAUGUGUUGUGGCAGAUAUUUGGAAAUCAAGGCAACAGAUGGAAAAGGAAAGCUCUCAACAUUGCCUCGACUCAGCCUUUUCAGAUCCUAGUGGAGGCUGCAGUUGGGGAUGGCUUCACGGGUGACAUUGCAAUCGAUGACUUGUCAUUUAUGGACUGUGCCCUCUACCCUGGAAAUUUGCCAGUGAAUUUAACACCACCAUCAGGAACCUUGAUUCCAGUAACUCUUCCACCCCACAACUGCACAGAUGAGGAAUUUGUGUGUAGGUCAAAUGGCCACUGUAUUGAAAAGAUUAAAAAAUGUGAUUUCAGAUCUGACUGUCCUGACAAGUCAGAUGAGACAUUUUGUGUUAUGGAAGUCUGCAGUUUUGAAAAUGGAAAUCUAUGUAGAUGGUAUCAACCAGCAUUGAUGGAAAGAAUUGAAGCUGUCAAUACCUUUAGGUGGGGACUUGGAAAUGGGGCUAGCAUACAUCAUGGAGAGGAAAACCACAGGCCAUCAGUGGACCAUACAAAAAACACCACAGAUGGCUAUUACCUGUAUGCAGACAGUUCAAAUGGAAAGUUUGGUCAAACAGCUGACAUCAUCACUCCGGUUAUUUCACUCACAGGGCCAAAAUGUAGGGUAGUAUUUUGGAAUCAUAUGAAUGGAGCCACAGUUCGCUCUCUCCAGGUACUCAUUCAGAAUGGUGCUGUAACAUCCACACUUUGGGCACAGACUGGCCAGCAGGGUGACCAGUGGAAAAGAGUAGAGGUGUUUUUAGGUAUUCAGUCCAAUAUUCAGGUUGUCUUCAGGGCAAAACGUGGUGUCAGUUACAUGGGAGAUGUAGCAGUGGAUGAUAUUACCUUUCAAGAUUGUUCCCCUCUCAUCAUCUCAGAGAAAAAAUGCACUGCUGAGGAAUUCCUGUGUGCUAACAAGAACUGCAUUCCAAAGGAUAAUCUAUGUGAUUUUAUAGAUGAUUGUGCUGACAAUUCAGAUGAGAACCCUUUCAUUUGUGGUAUAUCCAUUGGACGCUGUGAUUUUGAAUUUGAUCUUUGUUUCUGGGAGCAGAAUCAAAAUGAUGAUUUGGAUUGAAUUUAAAAGCUGGCAUUACUCCAACUAUAGGCCACUGAGCCAAUUGCUGAUCACACCUUUCAAGACCCAUCUGGUCAUUACAUCUUUAUAAAGAGUUUAUUUCUGCAGCCAAUGAGAGGAGCCCUCAUUUAGCCAAUGAUAAGCAGAAGGAGCAAAAACUGCAAGAUAAUUUUUCACUAUCACAUGUAUGGAAAGGGCAUUGGAGCUCUCACUGUUUCUCAGGUAUCAAUCACAAAUAAGAAAAAGGUCCUGCUCUGUCUUAUUGGAGAGCAAGGCAAUUACUGGAAGAGGAAAGAACUAAUUCUGCACAAUGAUGAGGAUUUCCAAGUCACCUUUGAAGGUCAAGUUGGGGAAGGUCACCGGGGACAUAUUGCACUUGAUGAUAUUAUGUUGUCAACUGACUGUUUUCCAUCUCAUCACUCCAUUAUCAAGGAACCUCUAACACAACUAAUGACAGAUUCUUGUCCAUAUGGCUAUAGAGAAUGUCAGAAUGGCAAGUGUUUCCAACUAGAACAGAGCUGCAAUUUUGUAGAUGACUGUGAAGAUAAUACUGAUGAAAACGAAUGUGGAACUUCCUGCACCUUUGAAAAUGGCAACUGUGGUUGGAAAAAUUCUCUGGCUGACAACUUUGACUGGGUUCUGGGAGUUGGCUCACCUCUGCUUCUGAGUCCUCCCACAGACCACACCCUCAAAAAUACAACUGGGCACUUCUUAUAUUUGGAGGCUACUCCAGUGGGCUUACGAGGUGAGAAAGCCCAUUUGAAGAGCUCUCAGUGGCAAGAAUCCAGUGCAGCCUGUACAAUGACUUUCUGGUACUUUGUAUCCACAAAAGCUACAGGAUCCAUUCAGAUUCUCGUUAAGACUGAGAAAGGACUUUCAAAGCUGUGGACAGAAGAAGGACAGAAACCUGGCAAUCAAUGGAAGAAGGCAGAAGUCCUUCUAGGAAAGUUAAGAAAUUUUGAAAUUAUAUUUGAAGGCAUCAGAGCAAGGGAUCUGGGAGGAGGAGCAGCAAUUGAUGACAUCACAUUUAGCAAUUGUAGCACAGUUGGAGAAAAAUCUGAGAUCUGCCCAGAAGCUACAGAUUUCAUGUGUCAAGACAAGAAGUGUAUUGAAUACCAUCUGGUUUGUGACUACAAGGCUGACUGCAUGGAUCAGUCUGAUGAAGCUGAUUGCAGUCAGUACACCAGUGUCCCAGGAAGCUGUAAUUUUGAAAAUGCUCCCCACAACUGGACCUCUGCCUGUAACCUUAGUCAAGAUACUGAAGACAAUUUAGACUGGAGCAUUGGCAACAGGAUUCCUUCAAAAGGAGAAAGUCAUGAUUCUGAUCACACUCCAGGCAAUGGACAGUAUUUUCUCUAUGUCAACUCAUCUGGCCCUGGAGAAGGAUAUACAGCAAGAAUUACUACCACCCACUUCUUUCCAGCAAGCCUUGGAAUUUGUACAGUUCGGUUUUGGACCUACAUCAGUGAUCCCAGUGAUAUGGGCAUAUUAAAGGUAUAUAUUGUAGAAGAAUCUGGACUGCACAUUUUGGUGUGGUCUGUGAUUGGAAACAAAGGGAAGGACUGGAUGUAUGGAAAUGUCCCUCUUUCCAGUAAUGGCCCUUUUAAGGUGGCCUUUGAAGCUGACCUUGGAGGAGAUGAUCCCACUUUUAUUGCUCUUGAUGAUAUCUCUUUCACCCUGGAAUGUGCAUCUGGAGGCCCUGUCACAACACUGCCAACAUUCUGUGAGGCUGAUCAGUUCCCCUGCAUUUAUACACCCCAGUGUGUUCAGCUGUCUGGAAAAUGCAAUGGGCAGGAAGAUUGCAUGGAUGGAACUGAUGAGUUGGAUUGUCCUACCAGGUUUCCUCUUCAAACCUGUGGAAAAAUGGAGUUUCAGUGUUCAGCAGAUGAGUGCAUUCCAUCCCUCUUGCUAUGUGAUGGCGUACCAGACUGCCAAUUUAAUGAAGAUGAAUCUACCUGCUCCAGUGGACAUUGUUUGGAUGGUUCUCUGAUGUGUCCAUCAACUAAUAGCUGCAUCCCAGCAUUCCAACGCUGUGAUGGCUUUGUGGACUGCACUGAUUUCCAGCUCGAUGAGUCCAGCUGCUCAGAAUGCCCAAUAGGAUAUUGCAAAAAUGGUGGAACGUGUAUUAUUGAGAAAAACAUCCCCACCUGUCGAUGUGAAAAAGAAUGGAGAGGAAAUCGAUGCCAUAUCCAGCUUACCCCUCCCUCACCACCAGACACCAUGUUUACUCAGAAUGGUAUUUGGACCAUCUUGAGCAUUGGAGUGGCUUUCCUAACAACUCACUUAGCAGCUGUUGCCUGUCAUUUCCUUUAUAAAAGAAAAUGGCCAAGAAAGAAACCUGAAGAAACAGCUCAUGCUUUUGCCAAUCCUAUGUACAAAGAUGGGAGUCGUUCAGAGAAAACAGAGGCUACAGGGACUGCUGUCUUCCCAAGGGUACAAAUCAGCGUCUCUCCUUGGCAAGAACACACAGAGAAUUCUGCACAUUCCUUUGCCAAUCCUUUGUAUGGCCCUACUUCAAGAAACCAGGAGAAUAUUUCUAAUCAUCUUCAGUAG